GUAGACCGCCGCCUAUUACAUUACCAUUUCUUCACCUCCUGGUUUACUUUUCCUCUUUUUUGUAAUUUGCAAACCCUAAACAGACCAUCUCUCUCGAUUCAAAGUAGUAAAUGGCAGGUGGAACAGAUGUUAGUUUAUCAUGCGUUAAAUGCGGAAAGCCUGCUAAUCUUCAGUGUCCAAAGUGUGUUGAGUUGAAGCUUCCCCGCGAAGGUGCUGCUUUCUGUACUCAAGACUGUUUUAAGGAAUCUUGGAGCACACAUAAAACAGUUCAUCUGAAGGCAAAGUUAGCAUCAGUUGGAUCUAACGCUCCAUGGGAACAAAAUAUAGCUUCACCAAGUGAUGGUUGGCUUUAUCCUCUGAGGAAAGGACAGUCGCGAACUGCAAAGAUGCCUAAUUUUGAUUGGACAGGGCCAUUACGGCCAUAUCCCAUAUCAAAAAACCGCGUAGUACCUGCAGGCAUCGAGCUACCUGACUGGGCAAUUGAUGGAAUUCCAAAAAUUGAGCCCGCAAGUGAUCUGCAACAUGUUGUCGAGAUAAAAACUCCAGAGAAAAUUGAGAGAAUGAGAGAAACUAAUCGUAUUGCAAGGGAAGUAUUGGAUGCAGCUGCUCGUGCUGUGCGCCCUGGCGUCACUACAGACGAAAUUGAUGCCGUGGUUCAUGAAGCAACCAUCGCUGCUGGAGCAUAUCCAUCUCCACUAAAUUAUCAUUUCUUCCCGAAGUCUUGCUGCACGUCUGUCAAUGAAGUAAUCUGUCAUGGAAUUCCAGAUGGAAGGAAAUUAGAGGAUGGUGACAUCGUCAAUGUUGAUGUAUCUAUUUUAUAUAAAGGGGUUCAUGGUGACCUAAACGAAACCUAUUUUGUUGGUAAUGUGGACGAGGCAUCUCAACAAUUGGUCAAGUGUACUUAUGAGUGCUUGGAGAAAGCAAUAGCUAUUGUCAAACCCGGAGUACGCUUUCGUGAAAUAGGGGAAGUUAUAAAUAGACACGCCACUAUGUCAGGAUUCUCUGUGGUGAAAUCUUAUUGUGGGCAUGGUAUUGGAGACCUCUUCCAUUGUGCUCCAAACAUACCCCAUUAUGCCAGAAAUAAAGCAGUUGGUGUGAUGAAAGCCGGACAGACCUUCACUAUUGAACCUAUGAUAAAUGCUGGUGUCUGGCGUGAUAGGAUGUGGCCUGAUGGUUGGACUGCUGUUACCGCAGAUGGCAAGCGCAGUGCUCAGUUUGAACAUACUCUCUUGGUAACUGAGACUGGAGUGGAAGUUCUUACGGCACGAUUGCCCACCUCUCCUAAGGUGUUUCCAUGGCUAAGCUCAUAAUUAGUUCACGAUGUAUUCUUACGAAGGUCAAAUUGAGCAGAGGAAAAUCAUUGUAACAUUUUCAGAUAUGAAGCAGGACAAUGACAACUAUUAAAUUAUGUGUCGGUAUAAAUAAUUAUAGAGGCUGUUUGAGAAUUUUUGGGUUCAAAAUUUACAUUAUUGAAUGCUGGUGAGUUUUGGCUGUCCCUUUAUGCCAUCAUAGUUUGGGGUUUCCAUCAUAGACUUAUCAAUGUAUGAUCAUAUGCUGUCUUUUUAUAUCAAAUAUUUAUUACAAGGGAACAAAGAAAUUCAAAUGCUGUUA